GCAGGGUGUCCAUGGCCCGCACCCCACCGGCCGCCUCUGCCGCAGUCAGAGUGGCAAGGAGGAGCUGUGUUCAUGUCGUGCCGCCCAGGCGGUGCUGCAGGAGCUGAGCGAGCAGCCUCAGCACCUUGACACCCAGGAGAGCGAGGACGGAGUGCCAACUGCAUAGAGAGCCAUGUUGCGCCGCAAACCCUCCAACGCCAGCGAGAAGGAGCCCACUCAGAAGAAAAAGCUCUCACUUCAGCGCUCCAGCAGCUUCAAGGAUUUUGCCAAAUCCAAGCCCAGCUCCCCUGUGGUGAGCGAGAAAGAAUUUAAUCUGGAUGAUAAUAUUCCAGAAGAUGAUUCAGGUGCCUCCACCCCAGAGGAUGCUGGGAAGAGUGGCAAAAAGCUGGGGAAGAAGUGGCGGGCCGUGAUUUCCCGAACCAUGAACCGGAAGAUGGGCAAGAUGAUGGUGAAAGCCCUGUCAGAGGAGAUGGGAGACACUCUGGAGGAGGGCUCAGGCUCCCCAACAUCUCCAGACUUCAGCCUGGACAGCCCUGGCCCUGAGAAGAUGGCACUGGCCUUUUCAGAGCAGGAAGAGCGUGAGCAUCCAACUCUCAGCCGCCAGGCCUCCAUCAGCAGUGAGGUCUCCAGCCCCGGCCCAGGCGCAGGUGCAGGCGCAGGAAGCUUUGGAGAGGAGCAACCAGCUCCCCAGUACACGGGGCCCUUCUGUGGCCGGGCCCGAGUCCACACCGACUUCACCCCCAGUCCCUAUGACCAUGACUCCCUGAAACUGCGGAAAGGCGAUGUGAUCCAGAUUGUUGAAAAGCCACCAGUGGGGACAUGGCUGGGCCUGCUCAAUGGCAAGCUGGGCUCUUUCAAGUUCAUCUACGUGGACGUGCUGCCCGAGGAGGCUGCGGGGCCUGCCCGGCCCAGCCGCCGCCAGAGCAAGGGCAAGAGGCCCAAGCCCAAGACGCUGCACGAGCUGCUGGAACGCAUCGGCCUGGAGGAACACACGUCCACCCUGCUGCUCAAUGGCUACCAGACCCUGGAGGACUUCAAAGAGCUGCGGGAAACACACCUCAACGAGCUGAACAUCACAGACCCGCAGCACCGGGCCAAACUGCUCACGGCUGCAGAGCUCCUGCUGGACUAUGACACUGGCAGUGAGGAGGCAGAAGAGGGUGCGGAGAGCAGCCAGGAGCCCAUGGUACACACAAUGUCCGUGUCGGGACCCAAGGUGGACAUUCCUCGCGACUCAGGCUGCUACGAGGGCUCGGAGAGCGGGCGCGAUGAGGGCGAGCUGGCAGGCGCAGAGGAGCAGCUGCAGGGCCUCUCCCUGGCCGGGGUCCCCUGAGGUGGAGGUGGCGACUGUGGGCCUGGGCUGGACCUGAGCAGAAAAGGCUGGGAGGAUGGGCCCAGAGGACUGGCACUGCGCCUGGCUCUGUUUCGCCACACGCGCCUGAAGCUGCAGAGGCCAGCCCGGGGCUCCGGGCUGGAGUGGCACGGAUGAGAGGCCAUCUCAGGGCCCACCCGCCGCGCUCCUUCCCUCCACCGGCUCCCAACUGUGCAGCCUGUCCAGGCCCUUUUCGACCCUGCUCCUGCCACAGCCACAGCCAGGGAGGCACUGAGACGCUUCACUCAUGUCCCUCCUUCCAACAUGACUCCCAAGCCCUUCUCUCCACCCCCCUCACUGCGCACGUUCCCCUGGCAUGCUGCUCCCCAACAGGGGACUCAGUCCAUGCUUCAGGUCAGACUUUAAACUCAGGGAAGAAGGUCAUUUUUGUAUUAUUGUUUUAUCUUUUUGCUUUGGGGGUCAUACCCAGUGAUGCUCAGGGGUUACUCUUGACUCUGCACUCAGGAAUUGCUCCUGGUGGGGCUCAGGGGACCAUAUGGGAUGUUGGGGAUCGAACCCAGGUUGCCCACAAGCAAAGGCAAGCACCCUACCUGUGGAACUAUAACUCUGGCCCCAAGCUGGUCAUUCAAAAGGCUCCUCAGGAGAGACAAAACAGCAGGUUAGGUGUGUGUGACUUGCGUGUAGCUGACCUGGAUUUUAUCUCUGGCACCCUAUAUGGAACCCCAAGAGCUCUGAGCACAGAGCCAGGAGUAAGCCCUGAGCACCAUCAGAUAUAGUCCAAAAGCUGAAUAUAGGACCCUCAGUGAUCACAAAGAGAUGCAGAAUGAGGUUCCAGGAAAGACACGGGCACUUGUCCCUAUUGCCUUUCCCCUUAGCCUUCUUAGAGAUUUUUCUGCUAAAUAACUGACUUGAACCAAGCGCCUGCCUGAAACAGGCCUAGGACAGGAAGGGAAUGGAGAACCCCUAAGGAACUUGGUGGCACUGAUGUUCUGGGACACUGUUUGCUCUCCUCUUCCAGGUGGCCAAAGACAGCUAUGGGGUUUACUGAAGGGUCUGUGGGUUCCCAGUGAGAUGGCUUCUCUUGCUCCUCCAUCCUAUAGCACCCACUUAACUCAGGCCAUGCUGAAGCUUCCCGCUUAAAACAAUGCUCAAACCUGACAAUACACGCCAAUGCAACCAUCCCCUGCCACCCCUCUGGCCACCAGCCACUUCCCCAAGGCUAAUAGCAGCUGGUCAGAGAUAGCUUCCAAAGGCCAGAUUGGCUCCUCCAAAGCAAAAAUCAGGUCUGGAUAGAAACUUUGCCAUGUGUGUGUAUCCUUCCAAGCAAAGACAUUAUGAAGCGUGACAUUGAGAAAUCUACUUUAUUUGCUUCACUAAAAGUUUUGAGGUAUCCUGAACUCCCAAGAGGGGGAAUAUUUCAGGUCAAGGGAAUAUUCCCUUGACCUCCAUACCAAGUCUGUGCCAUGAAUUCCCAUAGUAUCUUUCUCUGGAGUCCAAGUGGCCUGGGGAAUGUGUGCCCACUCUGCCUGCUCAGCGGACACACUUUCUGGACCUGCUACCCAGAAUUUUGGAAAAAGCUAGUUUGGGGGAAGGGUUUGGGUGUAAAUAGGAUAAGAGG